AUGCUCCGUUAUAAGAUUGAAUAUGUACGAGAAAUACCUGUGCCGAAAAUCUGCCUUACCACUAAGUACCGUUCGUCGUGGACGGAAGUUGACACAAUCUACCAAUAUGAUCUAAUGCAACCAUCCUGGUGGGAUUGCCAUUGGGAACGAAUCAACUUUUGGAUGGCUGCUUGUGUCCUAAAGCUAAUUCCCUGCGUUCUACUUACCGUAUUCAUGACUUUGCUUGUUCGAAUGCUUAUUGAAGCGCGUGAGAGGAGGUCCCGACUUUGUGGUGGUCUUGCUGCCGGAAAUUCACAGGCUGAACGUACAACAGCAAUGCUCACAGGAAUCGUUGCAGUUUUUCUCGUCACCGAGUUGCCUCAGGGAAUACUUGGUUUAGCUGUAGGUAUCAAUCCUCAUCUGAUGUUCAUCACAAAUCCGCUCGGAAACUUCUUUGAUCUAUUGUCAUUGAUUAAUAGCGCUGUCAACUUUGUGCUGUGCGCACUUAUGUCACAUGUUUUCAGGAGGGAAUUCUUGCAAACAUUCAGUAUGUGCUGCCCUCAAUCAAGUGAAAAUCACAGUGGUGCUCCAAUCACGAAAAAUACUAAAUUAUCGUUGUUCACCACAUUUUCUCCGUUACGAAAAGUGAAAGGCUUCCUGCCAGUGCCCACAAGCGAUCGAGAUGGACGCUCAUCCGAUGAGCGAACCCAACAGAUCAGCCGACAGGGAUGA